CCCGUUUCCUUCCCUUCACAUUUCUUGUGUGGUGUGUGUUCUUUGAAAUAAUAUUCCUGAAAUAAUUCAUUCACUAUGAUCCGAAAAAUGCCCUUAUUGUAUACGGCAAGACUUCAGGAUCGAUGGAGAUCUGCGCCAGAAGAAGGAGAGCCCCAAACAAUUCACCCUAACAAGGAGCAACUUUCCCGUCGCCAUGCAAUCAUUCCUGAUCAGCCAAGUGAGAAUCAGGAGACCUCAUCCCAAGGGUGCUGCUCGUCGGACAAUGUGAUCAUUGUCCCACAUGUUCAAAUAUCCCCUAACGAGAGUCACCUGUUCAAUAGGGCAAUCAGCUCCGGCGGAGGAUUGUUGGCAGAUCUUCAACGUGCCACAAUAGCCUCUCAAGCCUUCUAUGCAGAAGCUUCCGAGCCGCAGAAAAAUCGAUCGCCCUGGAUUCUGAAGAGACUUUACGAGUGGUCGGGCAGAGCAAAACGGAGGGAGAUUAUUAAGCAUGUGCAGGCCGCGUUGGAGACUUCUAAGGAUCAUGAGAUUGAGGAUGAUGAGCUGGAAAAGUUGUUGCCAGUAUCCUUUGAGGAAAUGUUCAUGGGAGACGAGACCACGACAAUUCCCUCAUCCAAACACAAAUACCUUCAAGCGGUAUGGGAGCUGUUCCACACGGAGCUCGUCUUCCUCUAUCGUCAGCUCUUCGUGCUCCGCGAUGUUUACAAGGAGCCGCUGAAGAGAUGUCAAGUCGAGGGAUGUCUACUGCUUGUCGAGCCGGACCUCCUUUUCGGAAAUUUGGAUCAACUCUGCAGAAUAUCUCGAACCUUCUGUCAAUCGUUCCUCUCGUUGCUCAGUACGGUAGACAAGGAGAAUUGGGACUGCACACAGCUAGUUGUGGACUUGUUUGAAAGGUUCUCCAAAGGCCCCUCCACAAUUUCGGCCUACCAAGCCUACUGCAUCAACUACAAGGCAACCAUGGAAUAUCUCGGCUCAAUUCGACAGAAAGAGGAACGAUUCACGGAAUUCGAGCGGAUAUGUCUGGCCGAUGAACGAUGCUUCCGUCUACAGCUCGAGGAUCUUUUGAUCGCACCGCUUCAACGAAUCACUCGGCUUCCGAUCCUUCUCCGCGAGAUUCACAAAAGAUCGGAGGAAGAGGAGAGUAAGGGAAAGGUGGAGAAGGUGAUCGACACAAUGACGGAAUCACUCCGAUCGAUUGAUGAUAGUGUGCAGUGGCUUCAUAAUUUUGAGAGGCUUCAGCAGUUGCAGACACAGGUUGUCUGGCCGAAUAUAAGCGACUUGGAGCCCAAGUCUUAUGUCCCUGAUUUCCUCCGCGUCGCCUUAUCCCGUCAAUUCUGCGAGAACCUUCUGGCUCAUCCGCGUCGAAAGCUUAUCCACGAAGGCCCCCUCGAGCUUGUGGAAAACGGGCGGACCGUUGAUAUGUACGCGUUUCUAUUCAACGACAUGUUUGUGCUGACUAAAACUAAAAAGUGCGCUUCGAAGCUGAAAGUGAAAGGAGUCCCAAUCGGGAAAUCCGAGCACUACAUCGUCCAACGACAGCCGGUACCGUUGGAUUCUUGCGUGUUCUGUGAUGCGGACUCCAACGACCAGGCAACGCCGAUGUCCCUAAAAUUCGCGUUCGUCAUAAUUCACCUAACCCGCUACUACCAAGUCGUCGGCAUCUACACCCUACAAGCCGCCGACAAGGCGGACAAGGAGCUGUGGAUCGAAAAGUUCCAGGAAUCGAUCGAAAACUACGAGUCGAUACAGUUGAAGGACAUGCUCAAGUGUACACCGCUCUUCUCCAGUCUUAGUUUGAGAAGAUGCUCCAGCUCCCGUCUAAUGUCGAAAUCCGAGUCGAAUUCUCCGCAGCUUCCAAAGGAAAAAGAGAAGGAAAAGGAGGAGAAGAAGGAGUGCUGCUCUUCGUCGACUUGUAAUAAUCAAGCUCCCCCAUAAUAAAUUUAUUUCCAUGAGUAUGUACAUUACUUUUUUUUUGCAAAACAUUAUUUUUUCUAUUCAAUUCGUGUAACUAACCUCUGCGCGAAUAAAACGAU